CGUGCUGCGGCCGCCCGGGCGGACCCGGCGAGAGGCGGCGGCGGGAGCGGCGGUGAUGGACGGGUCCGGGGAGCAACCCAGAGGCGGGGGGCCCACCAGCUCUGAGCAGAUCAUGAAGACAGGGGCCCUUUUGCUUCAGGGUUUCAUCCAGGAUCGAGCAGGGCGAAUGGGGGGAGAGACACCUGAGCUGGGCCUGGAGCAGGUGCCCCAGGAUGCAUCUACCAAGAAGUUGAGCGAGUGUCUCAAGCGCAUUGGAGAUGAACUGGACAGUAACAUGGAGCUGCAGAGGAUGAUCGCAGCCGUGGACACGGACUCCCCCCGAGAAGUCUUUUUCCGAGUGGCGGCCGAAAUGUUUGCUGACGGCAACUUCAACUGGGGCCGGGUGGUCGCACUUUUCUACUUUGCCAGCAAACUGGUGCUCAAGGCCCUGUGCACCAGGGUGCCCGAACUGAUCAGGACCAUCAUGGGCUGGACACUGGACUUCCUUCGAGAUCGGCUGCUGGGCUGGAUCCAGGACCAGGGUGGUUGGGACGGCCUCCUCUCCUACUUUGGGACGCCCACGUGGCAGACGGUGACCAUCUUCGUGGCCGGAGUGCUCACCGCCUCGCUCACCAUCUGGAAGAAGAUGGGCUGAGGCCGCCAGCCGCCUUGGACUGUGUCUUUUCUGCAUAAAUUAUGGAAUUUUUCCAGCGGGGUGGGGGGAUCGGGGGCCACGGGGGCAUUUUUCUUACUUUUGUAAUUAUUGGGCUGGAGGGCGGGCGAGUGAGGAGUGGUCUCUGAGGACAAUAAACCUCUCUCGGGCCACA